AUGUUUCCUGAAGGGGAAAUAACCAUAACCCUUCAGGAUGUGGGUCUAAUAACCGGGUUGCCGGUUAAUGGUGCAGCUGUAACAGGCCGAUCACGUCACCAUUGGUCAUCAGUUUGUGAGGCAUUAUUAGGUGUCGUUCCACCUAAUAAUGCGAUUAGAGGGUGUUAUCUAAAAAUGAACUGGCUAGCUGAGGAGUUUAGUCAACUUCCAGAUGAGGCUGAUGAGGAAGUUGUACAUAGGUUUGCAAGAGCAUACAUUAUGAGGGUCAUUGGAUCCAUUUUUAGUGAUACAUCUGCAUCGCGUGUGAACCUGAUGUUCCUACCUUUACUAACCGAUCUUGAAGAAGCCGGCAAUUAUAGCUGGGGUGGGGCCUGUCUGGCAUGGUUGUAUAGACAGUUAUGUAAGGCGACAAAUCCUGAAGUUAUGCAGAUGGCUGGUCCCUUGUUCAUUGUUCAGAUAUGGGCUUGGGAUUGGAUAACAGCAGUAUCGCCGGCACUGUCGAAUAGAGUACCACAUCAUGACGCUCCACUAGGCAGCAGGUGGAAGUGGCAUCAGCCGGAUCGGGUCAUGCGACAGUUUGGUAUGCAACAGCAUAUUCCUGUUGAACUUCAACAGUCUGCUGCACUCCAUGAUGUUGAUUUGCGGAAGAGCGACACAAACUGGGCAAAAGAUGAUGGUCUGGAGCACAUGUACGCUAUUACUAACAAUCCUACCACUGGUAGCAUGACAGCUAUAUGCGACCUCAUACAGUCUGUGUAA